CUUCGAAACGGCAUCUGUUGUAUUGAAGAAUAACUAUUCAUUCCAAGCCGCCUCAUCUUUUAACGAACGCAAUAUUUUUGCCUUGGGAAGCCUUAAAGUCCCUACUGGGUUUCAGAUUUUUAGACUAUAGCCCGAUUAUUCCUUAUGUCCCAAGAGCUCGACCGCUCGGCGCCGCCGGCAAGCACGUCUCGAGCUGCCGGCGAUGUUAAGCUACCGGGGUGGAAACCUGAGCAGGUCAAGAAAGCGGUGCAGUCGUUGCUCAAGUAUGUGGGACAGCGGAAGGAGAAGACCAACGCGCUUUUCGACGAUGAGGAGGUCUUCUAUAUGCAGCUAGCGCUCAAGAAAAUGCCUAUGCAGCCGCGCAAAGACAAGCCGGUGCCUUUGCCAAUUCCACACCCCCUCUACACAACGGACGGACAAGAAAUCUGCCUCUUUGUCAAAGACACGCCUGACGGGCAGGGUGGUAAGGAGGCCAAGAAAAAGCUCGCGAAGCUGGAGAAGAACGGGGGCGUGGCCAAGGUCAUCGGGACGACGAAACUCCGUACGAAGUACGAGUCCUACGAGGCCAAGCGCAAGUUGUGCAAAUCCUUUGACCUCUUCCUGGCGGAUGACAGAAUCCUGCCCUCGCUGCCAAAGCUAAUUGGGAAGUCCUUCUUUAAGAAAAAGAAGCAACCUGUUCCAAUCAACCUGCGCAAGGCCAACUGGGCCGCAGAGAUUAAAAAGGCCUGUGCCUGCACAUACCUUUUCAAGGGGACCGGCACGUCUGUAAACAUCAAGGUGGGUCUCAGCUCCUUUUCCACGAAGCAGGUGCAGGAGAACAUCCUCGCGGCGCUGUGCGCGGCAGUGGAGCACAUCCCCAAAAAGUGGAGCAACAUCCAGGGCGUGUUUCUCAAGACGCCAGACUCUGUGGCCCUGCCACUAUACCAGACGUUGCCCGACCAGCCGCAGAAGAUUUAGUGCUGAAGGAGGAGUAAAAAGCAUUUAUUUAUACCCCGGACAAGGAAGUGGAAUAUAUGACGUGGCAAUGGAAAGGCAUGUUGCAGGUCAUUGGAGGUGUCAGGGCUUCGCAGAAUUCGUCUUAACAAGAUGGAUGGUGAUCAUGCACUUGACUGAUGUGUGCAGUUUCAGUGCAUGUGGACUGAACCACAUGUUCGCGACUUUGUGAGAGAACGCUGAUGCCCGACAAUCAAAUGAACGCGCCUGCGUCUGUGUGGAAACGGUUUACAGGCUUAUGGUGAGCUGUGACUGACCUGUGCCUGUGCGUGUUUAUGGUGCUGUGGCAUAUGGGUGUAUCCCGGCCGUUCGCUCUGGGCCUCAGAUUCGUUAUUUGGGUUUGGGCGUUUCCUGUUGUCUUUCUGUUCCCUGCCUAUCGGCAUGCUUACCAUUAACCUUGUGUCUGUGGUCCGUAUCUAGAGAUCUCGGUUGGAUAGGGCUACAGGCGCCCCGGCAGGGGUUUUGCAAGGCAGGUAGUCGUCCUUUUAUAUUCGCCUAGGGCCUCUGUGCAGAGCUGGCAGCACCUGGGUUCGCUGGUGACGCUGCGUGCAGUUGAAUGAUAAUGUGUGCAGUGCGUGUUCGUGGCCGGUAGACUGGGAGGAGGAAACGUUUUCCGCUUGAGAGGACGCCUGCAGACGGUGCUGAUGCUCUACCGGGGCGAGGGCGGGGCCUCGGUCUGCAUGCAAUUGGCUGUUGUUUUGAAAUGAAGCAACCCAGUUGUAGCAACUGCUGGAACGACGAUGGGGGCAUUGGGGGAAGCAUGAAGGAGGUAGAACAGCCUAAUGCGCGUAGCCGAAUGUUGCAGAACGGAGAUACAUGCCGUUUGCUGUAAGAGAGGCCCUUUGGCUUUGGGCGGUUCCU